GCAGUAGAAUUACCCUUCUCUACUUGUGGCAUUACUUGAUUAAUUGUCUGUACUAUUUAUCUUCGAAUUCUCUAACAUUCUUCGCGGCUUAUUUGAAUAUCCGAACUAGCCAUUGUUGUCUUUUCCUCACCGGCGCAAACUAAUAUCUACCACAACCAUGAGUGCCGCAGACACUGCUCUCCUCACGGAGCAUUUGACAUACAGACCAAUUGCCGUCAUCGACGACAUAAUAAACAGUAUCAAUCUCCUCGCAUUCCGAGCCAUCGAUGCGCUCGAAAAAGGUCUUUUCGCCGCUCCUCCCUCUUCAAUCGGCUUCACACCCACUUCCACUCUCUCCGCCGAAGAAGUCGCAACACAAUGCCAGCACGAAAUCGAGAACGGAGUCUACAAGCUCGAAACAUUGCUCAACGCGAAGAUUGAUAAGAAUUUCGAUAAGAUGGAAAUUUAUUUGCUGAGAAACGUUUUUGCUGUGCCGCCGGAUGUCAGGGAUUGGAUCCGAUUGAGCCAUUAUGAAGGAUUGGAUUUCAGGAGUGUGGAAGAAAAUGGAGCGGGGGCAGAUGGAGUGCCCACGUCGGAAACGGUUACGCUGCAGAGGAAGAGGUUGAGGGAGACGAUGAAAUUGAAUGCGGUGCUGAGGGCAGAGAAGGAGAGGAAUGAGAGAACUAUUGCGGCGUUGAAAGGAAUCAUAUCGCCAAGUCAAAGUUCGGCUAAGAAAACUGUUAAGGCUGAGGAUGGCACGGAGAUGGAAGUCGAUGUUGAGGAUGAUGAGCGACCCUCUUUGGCAUUCUUGCAGAAGAAGGGUAAUUUGACGAAAGAUGGAAAACAUCCUAUUGCAACUACGACCGAAUUCGCAUUGGCGCAAUUGCCUGCGCUUAAACAGUUACUGGAUAAUUUAGGACCAAGGCUGAAAGAGUUAUCGGAAGGCGAUGGCAUGGCGGGAAUGGUGGGAGAACAAGAGAAGAGUUGGAGAAGAGAAAGAUUGGAAUUCAUUGAAAAGGAAACGAGACGACAUCUUGAAAACGUGCGAGGCUUGGAGCUAGGUUCGCAAGGUGAAGUGAGAGAUGGAGAAUGGCAGGGCGAGGGAAGGAAACUCGGGAACGGAGAAGUAGAGGAUUUGGAGAAGGUUGUAGGGAUGUUUGAGAGUCAUGCUGCGCCACCAGAAACCGGAGAGGGAGAGGGAGACGGAGACGGAGAUGUGAUGGAUGAGGGAACGUAAACUCGACAUUAGAAGCACAAUUCGUGAGGUUGAUAUUGGCGUUUUAAGGAUAUACCCGAGGGUGGGCUGAUUCAAUGGCGAUUCAAAAGCGCGAAUGAACAUGUCGUUUUAUACAUAUACAGCUCUGCAAUAGUCUAGCUUGAAACCUGAAAUUGAAUAAAUAAGAGACGGAUCUAGCUCCUAGCUGGGAAGCAUCACAGCGAUAUACUUCACAAAUAUAUCAAUCCUUGCUGGUGAGCUGUAUGUAUUGCAUUGCAGAACGCUUUACUCGAUCA